CAGUCCCCAAUUUUAUCCCGUAACCUCUGAUCUCUGACAGUUCUCCAACAGUUUUUCUAUUUGUCUCUGUCGAUCAUUGACAGUCAUUGGUCGCUGUCACGCGGGAAGAAGCGAGCAAACGAAAUAUCGAAAUUAAAUAUACACAAAGGGAGAAUGCGUAUCGCGGUGUAACAUCGUAUCGGGAAUUAUUAUACGAAAUCGCGCGUUCAGCACCGUUUUGCUGCUUGACAGCUGGUUGCAGUGCCACGUGUUUCCAGCGGCGCAGAGUUUCAUCCUUCAUCGAGCGCGAAGCGGUAAAUCAUGGUGCUGGACCUGGACUUCUUCCGCAAGGACAAGGGUUUCGACCCGGAGACGAUUCGGGAGAAUCAAAAGAAGCGUUUCAAGGAUGUGCAGCUGGUGGACACCGUGAUCGAGAAGGACAAACAUUGGCGGCAGUUGCGUCACCGUGCCGACAAUUUCAACAAACUCAAGAACCUGUGUAGCAAGGAGAUCGGCGAGAAGAUGAAGCGAAAGGAGCCGCUCGGCGACGUCGACAUCGUGCCCCAAGCGAUCGCCGACGAUUUGGAUAAUCUGACCUCCGAGAGUCUGAAAGCGUUGACGGUGAUGCAGAUCAAGAGAAUACGCACCCUCAUAGACGAGGCUAUACAAAAAAACGAUGAGAGCCUCAAGGCUACAGAAUUGGAGAGGAACAGCGCGCUCAGGGAGGUGGGAAAUCACUUGCACGAAUCUGUGCCUGUUAGCAAUGAUGAGGAAGAGAACAAGGUGGAGAGAACGUGGGGAGAUUGCACCGAAAGGAAAAAAUACUCUCACGUUGACCUGAUCCACAUGAUUGAUGGAAUGGACGGAGAACGUGGAACAAGUGUAUCCGGUGGACGAGGAUAUUUCCUCACUGGGCCAGCGGUGUUUCUUCAACAAGCCUUAAUACAAUUAGCAUUAAAGAAAUUAUUCAAGAGAGGCUACAAACCUCUCUAUACUCCAUUCACUAUGCGAAAGGACGCGAUGCAGGAAGUAGCACAACUUUCUCAGUUUGAUGAGGAAUUAUACAAGGUGAUUGGUAAAGGUAGCGAACGUAACGAGGACAAAGAAAUGGAAGAGAAAUAUCUUAUCGCUACCUCGGAGCAGCCGAUAGCGGCUUUUCACAGAGGCGAAUGGAUAGCGGAAAGUGCGUUGCCAAUAAAAUACGCUGGAAUCUCUACUUGCUUUAGACAAGAAGUCGGUUCUCAUGGACGAGAUACCAGAGGUAUCUUUAGGGUACAUCAAUUUGAAAAGGUCGAACAAUUUUGUCUUACCUCGCCGCACGACAACAAAUCCUGGGAGAUGAUGGAAGAAAUGAUUACCAAUGCAGAAGAAUUUUAUCAGGCCUUAGAUAUUCCUUAUCGUAUAGUUAAUAUUGUAUCUGGAGCACUGAAUCAUGCAGCUUCCAAGAAAUUAGAUUUGGAAGCCUGGUUUCCUGGCUCGGGUGCGUUCCGCGAGCUCGUAUCGUGUAGCAAUUGCUUGGACUAUCAAGCAAGAAGAUUAUUAGUCAGACACGGUCAAACGAAGAAGAUGAACACCACGACGGAUUAUGUUCACAUGCUGAACGCGACGAUGUGCGCAGUGACGCGUGUGAUUUGCGCAAUUUUGGAAGUACAUCAAACGGAAACCGGCAUCAGGGUGCCAAAAAUUCUGGCGGAUUACAUGCCUUCCGAAUACGAAAGCGAGAUCCCGUUUGUGAAAGCCGCGCCGAUCGAUGAGAUUGAAACGAAGAAACAAAAGAAGCAAAAGGAAAACGUGUCGAAGUAGCAUGGUUACGUGAACACGGCAAUGAAGCAAGUGGACUAUCUACAGAUCUUAUUUAUUGCAUUUUUUUAAUUGCAUUUUUUAAAAUAUUCCAUCGCGAUUCAACCAGAUCGCACAGAGCUGUUGUAGUAACUAUUUAAGAAAAUAUAUACACGAGUUUUUUUGGCUUCUCAA